UCCAGUUAAAAAUAAUGAGGACCCCAAAUUAUAGUGACAUGAACACAGGUUUAAAGAAAGGAACAUGGAGCCAUGAAGAAGAUCAGUUGUUGGUUGCUUAUAUCAGCAGAUAUGGCAUCUGGAACUGGUCCCAGAUGCCAAGAUUUGCUGGUUUGUCAAGAUCCGGGAAGAGUUGUAGACUGCGAUGGAUGAAUUAUCUGAAACCUAACAUAAAGAGAGGAAACUUUUCCAAGGAAGAAGACGAAAUCAUACUCCAUUCGCAUUCGGUUCUUGGCAAUAAGUGGUCUGCAAUUGCAUCAAAGCUUCCUGGAAGGACUGACAAUGAAGUAAAAAACCAUUGGCAUGCUCAUCUCAAGAAACGUGUGAGUCAUUACAGCAAGAAUCCCGAAACACACGAGCAAAAUGGCGAGAGUACAUCAUUGAAGUUUGAGCGCGAUAACAUCUACGAAAUGAAACCGCCUGUUAAUCAUAUUAAUAACUUUUUUGAGUCUUGCUUGACUUCUGAAGAUGAUAUGUUCUCACCUAGCAGCACUUCUAGUACUUCCAAAGAUCAAGAAGUCGACUUUAGAUAUGAUUAUUAUGACACCGGCUCACCAGGAACCGUUGACGAUCUUCAAUGUUUCUGGCAACAGCUUUGCCCAUUUGAGAACUUGGAGCUUGAAAACACUCACCUUAACAUGUUUUAUAAUGAAUUUUUGAACAUGGGAUCGAGUUAGACCGGAAAACAUUACCAAGAAGGACUAUUCACCCUCUUUUAAAGGUUAUCCUUUCUUACCCAUUUAGGGUUUUUCAACUAGAUCGAAGCAAGCUCGAAAAAUAAAACUCGGUUGUAAACAUGCCGGCCGGGCUUGGUUUUAGCCACUUUAGCUCGUUUAAGUUAUACCCAAAUAUUAGUGUUUCUUUUUUGAGUUAAUUACUGUUUUCGUCCCUGAGGUUUGUCGAAAAUAACGGUUUCAGUCCAUUAGUUU